GUGAUUGUCAGGAAAUUGACUACUGGGAUCAAUCGGAACAAGAAUGCUAUGAAAGAAAAAGAUACAAUAACGAGUGUCCUCUCGGACAAGAAGACUCCUGCCUUGGUGACCUGAAGUGUAAAUCUGUCGGUAACAGCUAUCGAUGUCUGUGUGACCACGACGCUUUAUAUGUUGAUGACGUGUGUGAAAAAGGGGAUUUUUCCGCCAUGGUCUUCAAUACACCCAUGUCAUUUGACGACGCCAAUAAGACUUGUUCAGACAACGCUUCUUACCUAGCGGACAGUAACAACUUAAAAAUACUUCUAAAGUCAUGUGAUGACAACACGACUUUGUUUCAUGCGGGUAUAAGUCCUCAGUCAGGAGGUACGGAAAUGGAGUGUGUCACUGUGAGAAUGUUGGAUGGCAUUAUACAACAAGAUGGGCCAAGAAACUGCUCUGAGAAGCUGCCGUUUGUAUGCAUAAAGAAAGGUUCUAAUGCUAUGGAUAACGUAUGCAGAACUGUUAACAACGUAUCCGUACCACAUGUCUCUAACGACCAAGCAAAAAACAGUGUAACCUCAAUGGUUGAUAUCUUUGUUUUCAGGAAACGAGACAAAACAAAUAAAAGGGCUGAAGAAGGAAAGGCGACAUUUGUCAACAAAAACAACUACGACGCUGAAAGAUCCAGUAAAUCUGGUCAGGGAGAUUCCAGUUGUGCAGUUCAUAUCAACUCACAGAUAGGUGGCGAGUACGGAAUACUCGGUGAGAAACCGAGUAAUUCACCCGACGAGGAUAUGUACUCACAUUCGCGACAACAUCAACAGGAAGGCGAGUACGAUUUAUUUGCAAAGCCCGUGAAUGAGCCGACCGGAAUAUAUGACCAUACUCAUAACAUAAGGCAGAUUGAGGGCGGUGAGUACGGGGAACUUGGAAAGCGAGUACAAGACGUGGCAGAUGAUGACGUGUACUCGCACACUAAACACUCUAAAGCUGAAGGCGAGUAUGAUAGCUUUAGUAAGCCAACAGAAAGCAAAAACGAAGGAGACAUAUAUGACCGUGCUCACAACGUGUUGAUGGAGAGCGCUUACGACGAGUUCAAAAAGGAUAAAGAUAAGACAUCUCCGGAAGGACUGUAUGAUCACACUUGA